AUGCUUAGAAGAAAUAUUUUAUACUUUUCUAAGUCUCUCUCUGUGGGGUUGAAAAAGGUAAGAGUACCUUUAUGCAGAACAAUUUGUACGACUCAAGUUCUUAGAAAUGAUUCUACGAAGGGUAUCACGAACACGAAAAGCAAAAUUGAGCCUGAAGAGGUAUUUACCAACUUGAAUAUGGACAAUGAUCCAAUUAGAAAUCGAAUGUUCGAAUAUAACUGGGGUACCUGGAUUAAAAAUGAUGAACUAGAGAAGCGCAAGAGAUUCACAAAAUUUUCCAUAAGUGGGUUGAAUGAAGUGGUUAGGGUUCUUCAGACAACAGUGGAUAAGCCGAAUUCUGAAAUUAUGGACAUUGGUAAAAAUGUUAAGGCAAUUACAGGAAGUUUAAAAAAACUGGAUUCCGAUGAUAAAGCAAUUGCUAAUAUUAAGCAGAUAGUAUCUAUUCACGAGGGAAAGCAUCACCACGUUUAUAAGGUGAUCUUAACUAAUGGAAAAGCACUCGCCCUUCGAUUGCCAUAUAGAACCAUGCCCGAUUUUUAUACCGAAAGGUGUUUACAAAGUGAGGCUGCAACAAGUUAUUACUUGCAGGAAAGGCUUGGCCUCUGCAUACCAAAACUUAUUGCCUAUUCCGGAAGUUUUGAUAAUUUCUUAGAAUUUCCCUUCAUUUUGAGUGAAUAUAAAGAGGGUGACCUAUUGAUGAAAAAUUGGGAUCCUAUAAUUAAGGGUAAAUUGGGUGAUAAGACUGUAGAGAAAAAGUUAUCGGUUGCAAUUGACCCAAUUUUUAGCUUUAUGAAAGCUACUACUUGCGCCUCUUUCCCUGGAUAUGGCUCUUUAUAUUUUAAAGGGGAUAUCCAGGAGGGGAAAAAAUUGAUGGCUUUAAAGUCUGACGACUUAUUUGUUCUCGGACCAACCACAUUAAGAUGCUACUAUAGAACUUCUGAUGUCCUCGAUCAAGCGGAGAUUGAUAAUUAUACAGGCCCAUGGGCGGUAGAAUCUCCACUAAAGAUGAUUAAAGAUCUCUCUUCGUUAAUUGUAUCCAGCUUAAAGAAGAAAGAGCUAACUAAGGAUAGUGUCAAUGACUUGAAUAAGGUAAUUAAGGUUUACCAAUCGCUUGAAAAUACUUCAGAAAAAUUAUUGGACAUUAGAAGCUCGAGUAUCCCAAACUUCGAGAAGCUAAUUGAACCAAGGUUACAUAUUCCUGACUUGGAUCCAAUGAAUGUUGUGGUUUCCGGGGAAGGUGAAUACAAUUUCCUUGAUUUUGAGGGUGCCACUACAAUUCCAUUUAUUGUGAGUUCUGCCCCUCUCUUCAUCGAGUAUUCUGGGCCUAAAGUGUUUGAUAUAAAUGAGGUCGAAAACUUCGACGGGUUGGCACCUAAGUCGAAGGCAAGGGUUGAAUAUAUGCAGAAGAGAACCAGAAACCAGGAAUAUUGGGAGAAAAAACUAGUGAAAGAGAUGCAUGAUAUGUCAAGUUCAGCUUCUCCUAUUGUAAAGAUGGUUAAAGAUCCAUUUAUAUGCGUUGUCAGAAAUCAUGUUCCAGAUCAUGAAUACUUUUCAUUGGCUGGAUCCCUAUUUAUGCUAAAGCAUGCCUGGAAAGACCUCCGUGAGGGUCAUAUUGUUGACAACACAGAGUGUCCAAUUGAAUUAACUGAUCAUGAUUUUAAUCAAUUUGCCAGUGAUUACGAUUCUUACCAGAGGAAGAUCAACUCGGAGCCGUUUGGAAUUACAGGAGGUUGGGUGCCUCAGGAUGUAUUUGAAAGGUUGCUGAAGCAGGGUGUUGUUAUCAAAGAUGGGGAAAACUGGAAGGUGAGACAAAAAUCUUGA